CUCUCAAGACUAAAAGAGCUUGCGAAGAAAGUGAGAAACCUUGGCUAUGAAAGCACAUGAAGCGUCAGAACAUAAUCGAGCAAACUUGGACCUAGAUUACCAGUGUCUGCUCCAGAGCCGGGUCAGUGGCCCUGUUUGUGAGUACUUGGACCUUUUGGAAAAAGAACACUGGGUUACCUGCGACCCGGUCGGAAGUCCUGUCGAGUACUAUACUUUUGUAUACCGUUCGAGGGUAUACCGCCACUGACAGGCUGCAUACGCGUGCAGAUGCGUGCGGCCAGAGUGCCCAAUGCGAGUACGUUCAUACAUGUACAUGUACAAUCAUGUACAUCAGGAAGUCGAAAGUAAGUUUACGACUCCCUGACACACAGUAGCCGCACUUGAACGCAUCUGGCUCUGGCCCAGUGUUGCAGGAAUUGUGCCAGGUAGACGUGUACCCGGUUUGUGUUAAAUCUUAGAGCAGGUACUGCAUACCCUAUCAUAUCUGUGUACAUGGGUAGACAGAGUCAGUGUUGUUGCGUCCCACUCAGUACCCUUCUGGUUCAUUUCGGCACCAGCACUCUUUGCGUAUGCAGAGUUGAGUAGAGUGCAAGUUCGGACCACAAGUACACUGCAGCGGCUAGUAGCCUAGCAAACCUAACCUGUGCCGUGAUGCCCGGCACGUGUGUGCAUCUACUUCAUCCCUGAGUAACACACCUGGUAUAUUGUGCACAAUAGGGCACAGUAAAUAAUCAGCAUGCAUCGCAGUUUUCUGCAACAUAUUCCUGAAGUCACUUUACACCUCAGAAGAAUUGCGUCGCUGACUGGAAUUCGAUACCGGUUUAGUUUCUCUCUGGGUCAUUAUCAAUCAUAGAAAACCCGUCAUACAAUAGGUUCAAGCUAAAGUACCGUAUCACCAUGGUAAUUCCUGGAAAUUCGGUGUGUUUUCUGCCUUUUGUUAAACAAGCAGCAAUGUGCAACAGAAAUUACCAUGGUGAUACAGUAGAUUACCGUGUGAAGCGGUGUGAGAUGCAGCAAAGCAUUAGGCGAUUUGAUCGCAGGACAAGAGAGGAGCUGAUGGACGAUCUCUCCAGUGUCCCUCUUGGUUCGGAGCAGCGCCGAGUGCUGACGUUGGGACUUGGCUGCCUCAGGGGGUGCCACUUCUCCCAUCAGCGUCGACUAGUCCGCCGAUCUCACUCAGCUCUGCUCUCCGAGCAUGCUGCUUCCAACACGACUUCCCGAAAGAAAAUGUGCUCGCGCAUUAGAGGGAGGUGAAAGAUGCACCUGCAGGAGAAUACAUGCUUAAGAGAAGGCAGAAACAUGCCCGGAUCCACCAGAACUAGUGCUGGCAAGUCAACAGAGGCGAGUACUGAUAAUGUUCCAGAUUGUGGUAGGAUCACAUAAGCAAAAUUGACACUGGGAGGCACGGCGGUGGGUCAGCUCGUGGCCAGCGCCAGCUCCAGUGGAUAUCACGUGCAUCCAGUUCUAGUACUAUAGUAUGACUGCUACAAAGUAGUGCGGCCCAAAUAGAACUCGGGUCAGGUGCCGAAGAACUGGGGGGUGGGGGGGGGGGGGGCAUGUAUCAAUGAAUGGUAAUAACUCCGGAAAUCAUGCUGGUGUAUCGAGGGCGUGGGCCAAUGAAGUGCUGGAUUGAUGGUGGACGACUGUACUGCAAUCUUGGCUGGUCCCACUAUCGCAGAGACAGCACUUCCUGGUGCAACCACCCUAUCCUGCAAUCUAUAUAAUAAUUAUUAUAAGAGAUUUGUGUGAACGAUUUUAGCAUGAUGCAAGUCAGCUUAUUGUGCUGGGGGCCUGGCUACAUGUCACUAUAGCUUUUUAUAGACUCGAUCACCGCAUUACGCUGCCUUGCGUUGACUUGAUUGAGCACUCUUUUUGGUUAGUGUCAAAGGUAUAUGUAAUAUGUAUCUGCCUUCGUGCAAAGCUCUCUUUGUGCGUGUCUUGCAGAUAGCUCGCUGACUUUGAUGCUUUGAGCCAUUUUCAAAUUGCUUUUUUUGUUCAUUUCAUAUAGACCGUAUUGCCAUUUGUUUAACCUCC